AGUAAGUAGCAAGCAUCAGCGAUGUUCAUACAGCGAAGCAAAAAAUGAAUUUAACACAUGCACAAGGAGAUUUAAAUAUUAGAUUUUGACGCUUUUGUUUUUCACCCCAUAAAGUCGGGAGUUUGCUGUAGUCGGAGAAAUGACUGUACGUGGUUUGUGGAUUAUUUCUCACGAGAAUGGAGGAAAUCUGUCAAUACGCUUUUCUAGGAGGUUUUCCACCGUGGAGCACCGUGCAAAGAGCCUGGCAGGUUCCUCAUAUGUAGCAGUCCCAGAGGAGAGUACUUUCCUGCAGCUCCUGCUCACUGAACUGGGGCUUUCAGACUCAGGCAAGAAUUAUGUAGCCCUCAGAGAUGACUGUCUUUACCGUCCACGGUCACCAGCCCUGGAGCUGCAUGUGGAUGGACCUGGAAAAGGAAUACUUUGGCCUGUGUUGACUGUCUCGCAAGGGCCUCUCAUUCUGGCUUGUCUGCCUUUAGUGGAUGUCCCUCCUGAUCCGCGGCCACCUCUGGCCAGUCUGCUGUCAGUCUCACAGGGUCUCACACUUCUGGCAGGCCUACAGAGUUUUCUCCUUGGCUCAGGGAGUAAGCCUGAUAGUGAAGGGCUUGGCUCUCGCCUGGCAAUGUUGCCCUCAGUCCUCCUGCAGGUUUGUCCACUUGGCACACCCCUUGAUGUCCCCCUACCUGGGACACCUGCUACACCCACAGCGCCCACUUCUGUUGGAACUCAGAAACAACCAGCCUGGAAGACAGGACUACACCGAGGUCGAGCUGUGGUUAAUGUUGGACUGAUAGAAACAGUGCAGUCCAUGCAGUAUGGUAAUCGAAGCAGACAGGACCUCUGGGAUGUUUAUGGCACUGUGACAUGCAAAUGUGAAGUGGAGGGGGUGCUCCCAAAUGUGACAGUGACUCUAUCACUGCCACCAAAUGGUUCUCCACUGCAGGACAUCCUGGUCCAUCCCUGUGUCACAUCUCUGGAUUCAAGUAUCCUGACUGCCAGCAGUGUGGAUAAUUAUGAUGGCUCAGCUUUCUCCGGGCCAUACAAGUUUCCCUUUUCCCCUCCUCUAGAGCCCUUCAGACUAUGCAGCUAUACUUCUGAGGUUCCUGUUCCACCCAUACUUGGUUCAUACCAACUAAAGGAAGAGGAGAACCAGCUUCGCGUGUCAGUAACCCUCAAACUUCAUGAGAGUAUAAAGAACAGUUUUGAGUUCUGUAAUGCUCACCUGCCAUUCUUUAACAGGGAUCAAAUGGGUGUUGUAGAUAUGAAGGUGAGCUCUGGACAGUUGGAUUUUUCAAAAGAGAAAAACCUGCUUGUCUGGGUCCUGGGGCAAAAGUUCCCAAAGUCUCGUGAGGUUACGAUGGAGGGUAAGAUCAGCUUUUCUGGACCAACACCAGGACCUUCUGACCCACUCUGCACAAAACUUACUGCUUAUGUCAAAUUGCAUUUCAAAGUGCCUGACAUGACGUUGUCUGGGUGUUAUGUUGACCAGCAUUCGGUGCAGGUUUAUUCUUCUGCCAAGCCACGGAUUGUAACAUCCCGAGAACUUCAGUCCAAAGAGUACUACAUAUGGAAUUCAACAGGUACAGCUCCGGUAUCUUCUGGACAGAUGAUGAUGUAGGAUGGAUUCACAAAGAGGGGCUUUGUGGACACUGCACUGUGUAUUAAUGAGACUGAAAAUACUGUAAUGCACACACAGUGACGUACGACCCUGGGACCCAGGACCCAGCGUCCUGGGUACAGCUGAAAGUAAAGAAUUUUGACCCAGUUAAAUUAUUUUUGUGGUACCCUGUUUUACAGGAGAGUUAUUAUCUAUUAUCUACUCACAUGUGCAAAGGCACUUCACAAUAUGCAAAAAUCAACUGGAUUACUGCUUUUAAAGAACUACCUGCACCUGCAGUUCAACUUCUUUUAUCCCCCAGUCUGCCUCAGAUAUAUCCCAUUGCAGACACAAGGGCCACCCCUUGCUCUGACAGUCGCACUUCAGUGACUCUCCAUCAGCCGGAUAAUUAGCAGCUGGGGCCUUGUCAUCAGCUGUUGUAGGCCUGGAGUAGAGGGGCGGCUGGACUGUGAAAGGGAAGCCUGAUUCGGCCAGUGUCUUGGCGACAAAAGCUUCUCUUUUGAGCUGGCAGGAGUCCACACCCAUACCAAUCACUGGCCCCCACCUCUUUUGACCUCAGCUUUGCCCUGUCAACUAGUAGCUAGCUGAAACACACAAACUCUCCAGCCUGACUGUGAUUGAGCGCUGACCCUCGGGCCCUUUGAGACUUGAAAGCUGUCGGUCUCAUUCUGUGAGCAGGACCUGCCUAAUUGGUGAAAAAGUCACAAGGGUGGUAACUGUUGAGUUGCCUCUCGAGGUUGCAGAGGAGGUGUUUUAACUAAUUUAUCGUGCAGCCUACUGUAAAUGAUUUUGAUCUUUUAUUGAUGUAACACAAUCAUCAGAGUAGCCCUCUAUUUAUGCUUCGAUGCAUAGAUAAAAUGGCUCAAAUUGGCGUUUGGUUCCAAAUGCUUCCCUCAGUUUAUCAGCACAUUACCUGAACUAUGCAUGUAACAUUUCUUUCUACUACCUCUGUGCAUUAAGUUGAAUGAAUAACUAGCUGAUGAAGGGUUAAACCAGAGGAGAUUGUGUCCCAACUAUUCCACAGCAGCCAGACUCCUCUGAGUGGCCUCAUUGUCUGCCAUUGGCCUCUUGUGCCCCUUGCUGGUCCAAAUGCUACAUUCUCACGUGGAUUUCCACUCAGAAGGCUGACCAUGACCAAUCCUCUGUCAAUUGGAACCAAUUGCUCACACGGCAUCCUUCACCUUCUUUUUAUGUAGCAGUAUGGAGUGGCAGACACCGAGACCUCUCGGCUCUCCCCCUCCACGAUGAUUUGGCUUUAAGGCCCAGUGUGUGUGGUUAGCGAACUGGAAAAGGAGAAGGUUUUUUUUUUUUUCUUUUUCUUUUUUUUUGAAGAGUUGGGCCACUCUAAAUCUCCUCAGUGUCGCAAUAUGUGGUCAGUCUGGCUCCUCAAGUCUGCAGUUAGUGGCCUCUCACUGGCAGACUUUGCUUUGUUGAUUGAAUAGCUUGCUAAGUAGAUGGACUCAUUUAAUGUGUUGCUCUGCUCCAGUGCCUUCUGUCCAUACCGCUUGGCAUUCAGCUGAAUUGUUUCUCAGAAUUGUUCACUUAUUUAAUAUGUGUUUACUCUUGCAUACAUGCAUACAAGAAACAGAUUUACACUUUUGUCCUGUAAUAAUCAAAAUAAAGAUCAUGUGGGCCAAACGCAGCAUUUUGGAUUGUUACAAAUCAUUUAAAACAUCAUGAAGUUUGGAUACUAAAAUGUUUUUGCACACCCACAAAAGAAUUUGCAAUUAAAUGCCAAAAAAUGCUUUCCACUUCUCUGUGGAUGUUUGAAUUACUGUGUGUCCCUCAGCCCAAUAAUGACACCCAGUGGCAGAUUACAAUAAAAG